AUCCGUAUCGUUCCCGCGCUCUGGUGCAUCUUCGUUUUUGUUUGAAGUAUCUUGCCUACGGAGAGUCUGUACCUUUGAAAUAUGGCUGGGGUGAUCCGAAGGCUAGACGAGACCGUGGUAAACCGCAUAGCUGCUGGAGAAGUCAUUCAGCGGCCUGCAAACGCAAUCAAAGAAAUGAUAGAAAACUGUCUGGAUGCACAGGCCACCAGUAUACAAGUGACUGUGAAAGAAGGUGGGCUUAAGAUGAUCCAGAUUCAGGACAAUGGAACAGGCAUCAGGAAAGAAGAUAUGGAAAUUGUUUGUGAGAGAUUCACAACAAGCAAGCUCCAGAAAUUUGAGGACCUGACUUCCAUCUCUACCUAUGGUUUCAGGGGCGAGGCACUUGCUAGUAUUAGCCAUGUGGCUCAUGUAACCAUUACGACAAAAACAGCGGAUGGAAAAUGUGCUUACAGAGCCAGCUACUGCGAUGGCAAACUGAAAGCACCUCCCAAACCAUGUGCAGGAAACCAGGGCACACAGAUCACUGUUGAGGAUCUGUUCUAUAAUGUUUCCACCCGUAGAAAAGCGCUGAAGAGCCCCAGUGAGGAGUACUCAAAAAUUAUGGAAGUAGUAAGCAGGUAUGCAAUACAUAACUCUGGGAAAAGCUUCUCUGUGAAAAAGCAAGGGGAGACGAUGGCAGAUGUGCGGACUUUCCCAGGUGCCUCCACGGUGGAUAACAUCCGUGCCGUGUUUGGGAACACUGUGAGCAGGGAGCUGAUGGAAGUGGAGUGUGAGGAUCAGAAACUGGCCUUCAAACUAAAGGGUUUUAUUUCCAAUGCCAACUACUCCGUAAAGAAGUGCAUCUUUUUACUCUUCAUCAACCACCGCCUUGUGGAAUCCAGUGCUCUGAAAAAGGCUGUAGAAGCAGUUUACUCUGCGUAUCUCCCCAAAGGCACACACCCUUUCCUCUAUCUCAGCCUGGAAAUCUCUGCGCAAAACAUUGAUGUGAAUGUCCACCCCACCAAGCACGAGGUGCACUUCCUUCAUGAGGACAGCAUUGUGGAGGGCAUCCAGAAGCAUGUAGAGAGCAAACUGCUGGGCUCCAAUGCAUCACGUACCUACUUCACCCAGACCCUCCUCCCAGGCCUAGCCAUCUCUGCUGCUGAAACCAAGCCCAGCAUUUCUACCUCAGAUCCGGUGGAGCGGGUCUACGCUCACCAGAUGGUCCGAACAGACUUCCGGGCCCAGAAACUGGAUGCAUUCCUCCAGCCCAGCAGCAGGACAGCUGUUGCAGAGCCCACCACCACAGACAGGGACGAGACUGUAGCCAGGUCUCCUGCCAAGGACCAAGAAGAGUUGGAUGUCGAAAUUAUGGCCAUGGUGCAAGAUGAGCGUUCUGUCUCAAAAGAGUUGAAAGAUACCAGCCCAAGCCCUGCUGACACUUCCAGGAAACACUCACGAGUCAGCCCUGAGGAGGAGCUGGAGGAGCUCACUGCGGCCUCCACCCCCAAGAAACGCAAGAUCAAGUUGACGAGCGUGAAGGAGCUGCGGGCCGAGAUCAUGGAGCAGACGCACAAAGGCCUGCAGGAGAUGCUGCAGAACCACUCCUUUGUGGGCUGUGUUAACCCGCAGUGGUCCCUCAUUCAGCACCUCACUAAACUCUACCUUCUCAACACCACUAAGCUCAGUCAGGAGCUGUUUUACCAGAUUUUGAUCUAUGACUUCGGCAACUUCGGUGUCUUGCGGUUAUCGACUCCAGCUCCGAUCUUUGACCUGGCAAUGCUAGCCCUGGAUUCAGCAGAGAGUGGAUGGUCAGAAGAGGACGGGCCCAAGGAGGGCUUGGCCAAAUACAUUGUUGACUUUCUCAAGAAAAAGGCUGAGAUGCUGGAGGACUACUUCUCCUUGGAGAUUGACCAGGACGGAAAUCUCACUGGACUGCCACUGCUCCUUGACAGCUACAUCCCACCUAUGGAAGGGCUUCCCAUGUUCAUUCUGCGUCUUGCCACAGAGGUGAACUGGGACAGUGAGAAGGAGUGCUUCAGGGACUUUUGCCAGGAGUGCAGUAUGUUCUACUCCAUCAGGAAGUGCUACAUCUUAGUGGACUCACCUGGAGUGGAACCCAACAUGGAGGAACAGGGCUCCAGUGGGUCAUCCUGGAGAUGGAGUGUGGAACACGUCAUUUUCAAAGCCUUCAGAACACUCUUCAGUCCUCCCAAACGUCUCAGUGAGGACUGCAGCAUCCUCCAGAUUGCCAACCUUCCGGACCUUUACAAAGUGUUUGAGAGGUGCUGAUUCCCAGCUGCAUGGAUCCAUGGGGUACCUGGACAGAUGUUCUGGCCCAUUUUGCUGGACUUCCUUCAGCUCUUUAGCCUGGUUCUUUUCUGGCGCCAUAGUAACACAGGGCAUCGAUCUGCCCAUUCCUCAAAAUUUCAGUUCUAAACUGACCCUUCAAAUAACAAGUGAACAGGCACUUAAUAGAUGGAGUUUGACAAUUUCUGUUCUUUUCGCUAUUUACUGGUAAAAUUGAAACUGUAAAACUGUUCCCUACUGAGGGGACCACUCAUUAAGUGAGAACAGGCCCUUUCAAGUGCAGCUUCCUCCAGCUGCAGCCAAACUGUAGAAAAAAGCAUUCGAGAAUUAUUGCCCAUUUAUUGUGUGUUCAUACAGUUUGUGUCAUUCUGGUAAGUGAAUUUACAUAAUGUAGAUCUACUCUGAAAGAUAAUUAUCCAGCAGGUGAACACUGCAUGACAAUGUAAAUGAUUGACAAGAGUCUGACACCACCCCGAGUUUUCCCUGGAUGGAAAGUAAUUGGGGAGGAGGAGUAUAACCGUGCCAUUAGAGUGAAGUAAGACAGCUAGCUGCUGACUGAGACUUUCUCCACUAAGAGAUGCUUGCAAAGCAGUCAAAUAGCAUGGAUAGCAAAAGACAGUAAUUGCUGUGGUCGGCAAUUAUCAUUACUAAUGCAAAGCAAGUACAGCGGUUUUUUCACAGUAUUAAAAAGUGUAUUGCUCUUUGGCAGCCAAUAAAGCCUUACAGCUGUCUUAUAAAACCACAUCAAAACUAGUAUAUUUUAAAUGAACGUGCAAAUUUUUGUAUUUACUCAUUAAAGAAACCUCAUUCUACAGGUGUAAUGGGGUGGUGACAAAGUAUGACAUGUACUUUGUCUGAUAAAGUCCUUUUCUUCUGUGCCAUAUGAAUGUUAACACUGCACUUGUACACUUAAAUAUAAAAAUAAAAUAAAAAAUGUAAUGCUUUUUUUUCCUUUUGCAGUCCUAUUUUGUAGUUGCCAGUUUUUAUCCUCCACACUUUUGCCAGAGCACUGAAGCGAGAGGAAUCUUCUGGAAUAUAGCCAACUAUUUUCACCCUGCAAGCCCCACACAGUGAACUUAAGCACUCAGCUAGUGUCUGAAAACUGGGUGUGCAAAAAAAAAGGCACUCCAGUACUGGCAGUGAUCAAAGUCACAUAAUUCAGAGUAGAUAAAGGGCUGCACAAUGCUAUCAGCACAGCACUGAGGAGUGUGUCACCCAGUGGCCACGAUGUGCAUCUUCAUAGGUGGAAGGAACCAAGCUACAUACUGGACAUGGGGGUCUCAG